GUUGGCUGCCGGUGACAGGCGGAGCCGGCCUCGCUGCUGCCCGGCAUGAGGGGGGGCGGCUGCGCCCCGGCCCCCGCUCACUAGCCCGGCCGAGCCGCGCAGGCGGGCCCGGGGAGCGGCGCGCCAUGCGGCUGUGCGGGGCGCUGCUGAAGAGCCCCAUCCCCAAGCAGAUCGAGCACUACUCGCGCUUCUCCCCCUCGCCGCUCUCCAUCAAGCAGUUCCUGGACUUCGGACGUGAUAAUGCAUGUGAGAAAACAUCAUACAUGUUCCUACGGAAAGAACUUCCUGUGCGGCUAGCUAAUACCAUGAGAGAAGUCAAUUUGCUGCCUGAUAACUUGCUAAACAGGCCUUCAGUUGGGCUAGUUCAGAGUUGGUACAUGCAAAGUUUCCUUGAGUUUUUAGAAUAUGAAAAUAAAAGCCCUGAGGAUCCUCAUAUUCUGGAUAACUUUUUAGAAGUUUUAAUUAAAGUAAGGAACAGACACAAUGAUGUGGUUCCUACCAUGGCUCAAGGGGUGAUUGAGUACAAGGAAAAGUAUGGCUUUGAUCCGUUUGUUAGCAGUAACAUCCAGUAUUUUCUAGAUAGGUUCUACACCAACCGCAUCUCUUUCCGCAUGCUUAUUAACCAGCACACACUUCUUUUUGGUGGAGAUACUAAUCCUGCUCAUCCCAAGCAUAUUGGAAGUAUUGAUCCUACCUGUAAUGUGGCUGAGGUAGUAAAAGAUGCUUAUGAAACAGCUAAGAUGUUGUGUGAGCAGUACUAUCUGGUUGCACCAGAGUUGGAAGUUGAAGAAUUCAAUGCUAAAGCUCCAGACAAGCCUAUUCAAGUAGUCUAUGUACCCUCACAUCUGUUUCAUAUGCUAUUUGAGUUGUUCAAGAACUCAAUGAGAGCUACAGUGGAAUUACAUGAAGGUAGGAAAGAAGGCUAUCCAUCAAUUAAAACAUUAGUCACUUUGGGGAAAGAAGAUCUAUCCAUAAAGAUAAGUGAUCAAGGAGGUGGUGUCCCUCUGAGAAAAAUAGAUCGUCUGUUUAACUACAUGUACUCAACAGCACCUAGGCCUAGUUUGGAGCCAACAAGAGCUGCACCUUUGGCUGGAUUUGGGUAUGGUUUGCCAAUCUCUCGUCUUUAUGCUAGAUACUUUCAAGGAGAUCUCAAGCUCUAUUCAAUGGAAGGCGUGGGUACUGAUGCUGUAAUUUAUUUGAAGGCUCUUUCAAGUGAAUCAUUUGAAAGACUUCCAGUUUUUAAUAAGUCUGCAUGGCGACACUACAAGACUACACCCGAAGCUGAUGACUGGAGCAAUCCUAGCAGUGAACCCAGGGAUGCAUCUAAAUACAAAGCUAAUCGAUAAUUUACCACCUUUGUCUCUCCCGAAGACAACUUCUGCAUUCAGUUUAAAGUCUAUGCUUUGUUCCAAAAUCCUCUGAACCAUAGUAGCCAAUUACUUCCAUACAAAGUCCUAUCAGGGCACUGAAAUUACAAAAACAAAGUGAUGUAUGAGACUUAAGAAAAGCACUAAGCAUUUUUGGUGUGGGUGGUGUUAUAACAACUUUACCAAAAUAUGCUUGGUUAGUUUGGUUUUAUUUUGACAAAUGAGAUUGCACUUAAGUACACAACUAUAUAGUGAAAGGGUAUUACUUCUUAACGGCCAGUUUUUAUGCACAAAUAAAAAUCAGCAAAAUCUGUAGAAUCCCUUUAAUAGUCAAUAGCAUCUGACAUAGCAAUAUUAUGUACCAGACAAGUUCUAACAUAGCUGAAUGUGUGCUUAGAAAAUCCACUCUUCGCUGCAGUUUCAUAUUGCACAGUCAGUGUCAUCUGUUAUAUAAAAUCCUUUUGGGCUCUUCAGAUCUUAUAGCUAGUGACAAUAGAGAUGCAUAGUUCUUAGAAGGUAUCUGUAGCUUUAAACUGAUGCUUUCCCCAUAUUCCCAAAUCCGUUUGUCAAGUGCAUCCAAAAAUAUAUAUUCUUCUAAGGCAUUGCAACUUUCACCUCUUAAUAUGCACCUUAAUGUUUUACUGAAUUUGCACAAAAUGCCAAAUGAUAAAUCACAUUAAUUAUUUUAAGAAAAGAUUAUAAGGGGUCAAUGCUUCUCUACAUUCUUGCAAGUAACUCCCAUUGAUAUAGAGGUGAGAGAAUAAAUUUUAUAUGUGAUGUUCUUUGCCUGUCAGAUACUUUUUUGCUUUGCUUUUGGGAAAGCAUACUGAGAAACCAGACAGCCAGUCAUGUAAGUGAAUUUGCCUUAAGAA